GUGAUCCCCAAGCAUCACCCAAGUCCUUUGUUGAUGGUGAUUCACAAAACAUCACUCGGACAUUGUCUGGGUAAAUUGCUACAACAACACAAUAUAUUUUCGCCUUUGCUGGGAUUGUGUUGAUGAAGGAGGGACAUUUAAACCAGGGAUAUUUGCCGCUGGGAUAAAAUAGAGAAAGGUAGGCACGUCAAAGGUAAAGGCGACAGUCAAAAUAGCCCAUGAUCGCACACCCUAUCUGUAGGACGGCCAGACGAGCGAUAAGUAGAGACAACCCGACAUUUGGUUUAUGCAGUUUGUGUGCUGAAGUCCAAGAUAAUGGUGUUUUUUCUAUGGCUAUCCUGGGAGAAAAUCCCCGUUCUGCAAAGGAGAUGAAACAAUUUUUGUUAGCCGUGGUUGAAACCGUUUGCAAAUAACAACGCGUUUUGUUCGCUGGGUGUCAAUACACAUCUGGUGGAUUCGUUGGAAUAUUUCUGCAAUUUAAAUGAAAAAAGCAUAGGUUGUAAUUAGGAGAAACGACAGUGUGUUCAUUCUACACAGCAUCGUGAGCAUCAUGUCCAGAGGAUAUCCCUUCUCAUCUCACGGACCCUCCGCAGGCCGUUUUCUCUCCUCUGUCCUCUGCCUUUUGGCCGUCUCGACACUGCCUGGAGCACAAGCUUCAUACCCUCAGAGCAGCGAAUGUGUCUCUGGAAAAGGCAAGGGCUGCCUAGGUGAGUAUCAACACAUUUACUUUAUCAAUUCACUUUGACAAAGCAAAAAGCAACCUCUUCUAGGGAAAUAAUUUGGACCUCUGGAGGUGGGUUAUACUCCUUGCUGAAUGAACGCUGCUCGGUAAUUGGGAAUCCUUGACCAGCAGACAAAGAACAUCAUGCUCAGUUAGUCUGAAUUCGUCGGAAAUAAGGCACUGAGUGGCCCUGCUUCAUAAGCAGAAUCACCUUGGAUCAAUGCAUGUUUUUUUCUUAUUAUUUUUUCUUUUGAGAAAUCAGAUUUGAUAGGCCUAUGUGUAUUUGGGGGAUGCCUCGAUCUGUCCCCUCUGGUGAGGUGCAUGCAGGGAAAUAAUUCCCAUCUGUGAACCCCACCCUGGAUUGUCCUGCUCUCUUUGGUUGGGUUUCAAUAUUAAAUGGAAACAGCCAGUGCUCAGUUUCCUGGUUACAAGUAAAGACUUUUGUUUGUAUACAGUGUCAUCAACAAAUGGGGGGGGGGGGGGGGGGGGGGGGGGGGGGGGGUUCCACCAUCAGGAUGGAAGACAACAUUCAGUGUGACUUUCAAUCAAUUAAUCACAUUUAUUUAUAAAGCCCUUUUACAUCAUCAGAUGUCAUAAAGUGCUAUACAGAAACCCAGCCUAAAACCCCAAACAAUGCAGAUGUAGAAGCAGGGUAGCUAGGAAAAACUCCCUUUCUAGGCAGGAACCUAGGAAGAAACCUAGAGAGAUUGGCGUAUGAUUUGGCCCAACGCUUUGACAGAUUGGCCUAUGCUUGAUGACAUUAGAGAUUAAUGGAAACGUAAAUACAAUGUGGAUAUAUUUCCACCCCCUCCCUAAUCCCAAAAGCCCUGAGUGUUUCCAUAGCAGUUUGUUAUGGAGGUCUAUAUGUAUGGCAUUCAUUAAGUAGGCUACGGUUUUACCUUUAAUUUCAAAGCAUUCCGAUUUAUAAGGUAGAUCAUGUCGGGGUAGCUUUCCUGAUAAAACCAAUAGUCUUUGUUUUCCUCGUGUCAAGCUAUUUGUUUACUUUCGCUACUCACCCGAUUAACUUCCUUCAAUAAACAGAGCCAUUCCUUUUCCCCAUGGUCCUGGUUGUUCUUCACUGCUCCUGAAAAAAACCUAUAAUUGGGUUCUGAUCAGGCUCAGAAAACCCCAUAGCAGAUGUGACCUCAGCAAUCAUAAAUCUCCCAGAUAUAAAGCAACAUAUUUCAGUACCUUUUUAUUUUCUAUCGUUUUCGGGUUGAGGCAUUUAGCUGGAUCUGGGAUACACAACUGAUAAUGUGGGACGUGGAUUAAGCUUGACCUGACAUUAGACUGCUUCUGAAAAUAUUUGACCAAAUUUACAUUUUGGAGUUAACUGUCCCUUUAAAUACAGUGAGUCACUCUGGAUAAGAGCAUCUGCUAAAUGACUAAAAUGUAUGUAAAGAACAAAUACUGGUAAAACAGCAAGAAUUACUGUACUUACAUUACUAAUGCUUCUAUAGUGUUGUUCAGGGUCAAUGCUGUUUGAUUGAAUUCUAACCCUGGUCCUGCUCUAUGACUACUGUAGUGUUUUGAAGACUUCUGAUCCUAUACAGUGGUGCUAUUUCUUGAUUACAGAGGAGUUUUAGGUCAUGACCCGUAUUUAAAUCGGCUAGCUUCAGGACCCAGAGGGCGUGACUUUAAUGAGGAAAUUAGCAGUUUGGACAAUAGUCUUUUAAGUACAGGGUGACUGAGAUGGGGGAUAGCCGCCUUUAUACAGAGACUGGGACCAUUGUUUUAGUAAUAUUUUUACAUUUUAGUCAUUUAGCAGACGCUCUUAUCCAGAGCGACUUACAGUAGUGAGUGCAUACAUUUUCAUACUUUUUUUGUACUGGUCCCCCACAACCCUGGCGUUGCAAGCGCCAUAAUCUACCAACUGAGCUAAACAGGACUACCUACCAGUAACAGACUGGUGUAUUGAGAAGAGGAGUUAAUUGUUAGGAAUGGCUGAUGAUAAUCUUUGGCCUGGAACUACUUUGCCUCCCAUUUGUUCAAAGUUUGGGUUAUUAGCCCUUGUGGCGCAUUUACCUGUCUCAAGCUAUUGGAUUAGCAUCAUACUAGUGGCUUCCUCUUUUUAGAACUUCUCUAACAGAGGGGUUACUCUUGGGAAUAAGAUAACAUAAAGCUCCUAUUGCAGAUCAUGUGUGUUGAAAAUGGUCUUCUCUCAUGGGGACUGGCAACGAGAACUUCAGGUCAAACCUCAGUGCAGUAGGAUUCUUCCAUUCCCAUCACCUCUCCUUUUCUCUCUCCUGUUUCUCUUCCUCUUUUUUUAAUUUUAUUUUUAAUUUUUUUAAUUUCACCUUUAUUUAACCAGGUAAGCCAGUUGAGAACAAGUUCUCAUUUACAACUGCGACCUGGCCAAGAUAAAGCAAAGUAGUGCGAUAAAAACAACAACACAGAGUUACAUAUGGGGUAAAAAAACAUAAAGUCAAAAAAAUACAACAGAAAAUAUAUAUACAGUGUGUGCAAAUGUAGCAAGUUAUGGAGGUAAGGCAAUAAAUAGGCUAUAGUGCAAAAUAAUUACAAUUACAGUGGGGAAAAAAAGUAUUUAGUCAGCCACCAAUUGUGCAAGUUCUCCCACUUAAAAAGAUGAGAGAGGCCUGUAAUUUUCAUCAUAGGUACACGUCAACUAUGAUAGACAAAAUGAGAAUUUUCUUUCCAGAAAAUCACAUUGUAGCAUUUUUAAUGAAUUUAUUUGCAAAUUAUGGUGGAAAAUAAGUAUUUGGUCAAUAACAAAAGUUUCUCAAUACUUUGUUAUAUACCCUUUGUUGGCAAUGUCACAGGUCAAACGUUUUCUGUAAGUCUUCACAAGGUUUUCACACACUGUUGCUGGUAUUUUGGCCCAUUCCUCCAUGCAGAUCUCCUCUAGAGCAGUGAUGUUUUGGGGCUGUCGCUGGGCAACACGGACUUUCAACUCCCUCCAAAGAUUUUCUAUGGGGUUGAGAUCUGGAGAAUGGCUAGGCCACUCCAGGACCUUGAAAUGCUUCUUACGAAGCCACUCCUUCGUUGCCCGGGCGGUGUGUUUGGGAUCAUUGUCAUGCUGAAAGACCCAGCCACGUUUCAUCUUCAAUGCCCUUGCUGAUGGAAGGAGGUUUUCACUCAAAAUCUCACGAUACAUGGCCCCAUUCAUUCUUUCCUUUACACGGAUCAGUCGUCCUGGUCCCUUUGCAGAAAAACAGCCCCAAAGCAUGAUGUUUCCACCCCCAUGCUUCACAGUAGGUAUGGUGUUCUUUGGAUGCAACUCAGCAUUCUUUGAGUUUUUACCAAAAAGUUAUAUUUUGGUUUCAUCUGACCAUAUGACGUUCUCCCAAUCCUCUUCUGGAUCAUCCAAAUGCACUCUAGCAAACUUCAGACGGGCCUGGACAUGUACUGGCUUAAGCAGGGGGACACGUCUGGCACUGCAGGAUUUGAGUCCCUGGCGGCGUAGUGUGUUACUGAUGGUAGGCUUUGUUACUUUGGUCCCAGCUCUCUGCAGGUCAUUCACUAGGUCCCCCCGUGUGGUUCUGGGAUUUUUGCUCACCGUUCUUGUGAUCAUUUUGACCCCACGGGGUAAGAACUUGCGUGGAGCCCCAUUUCGAGGGAGAUUAUCAGUGGUCUUGUAUGUCUACCAUUUCCUAAUAAUUGCUCCCACAGUUGAUUUCUUCAAACCAAGCUGCUUACCUAUUGCAGAUUCAGUCUUCCCAGCCUGGUGCAGGUCUACAAUUUUGUUUCUGGUGUCCUUUGACAGCUCUUUGGUCUUGGCCAUAGUGGAGUUUGGAGUGUGACUGUUUGAGGUUGUGGACAUGUGUCUUUUAUACUGAUAACAAGUUCAAACAGGUGCCAUUAAUACCGGUAACGAGUGGAGGACAGAGGAGCCUCUUAAAGAAGAAGUUACAGGUCUGUGAGAGCCAGAAAUCUUGCUUGUUUGUAGGUGACCAAAUACUUAUUUUCCACCAUAAUUUGCAAAUAAAUUCAUAAAAAAUCCUACAAUGUGAUUUAGCUCUCUCCUGUUUCUCUUCCUAUUUCCUGUUUCUCUCCCUCUCUCUCUCCGCAUCUCUCUCCCUCCCUCCGUUUUCACUAAAUAUCACGAUUACAUAACACAUUAAUCCUCAGCAAUAUAAUUCCGUACACAUUGCGAUAGCAUACCUGGCUCUGUGCUGGUAAGCCUACUUUGGCUACCUGAAAUCCUCAUAAAUCCUAUCAGCAAUGCCUCUCACACAUAAUGUGCUUGAGCUCCCGAUCAAAGAUUCUCAGAUCGCACAUCACCUUCUCCUCCAAUCUUUUCCGGUCUACUCUCUAGGUCCCUGUUGAUCGUUCGUGGCUUUGGUCUCCCGUGAUCAUGUAACGGCAUUUACUGUGUAGAUGAGGACCGAAUCGUCUGAAUGACUAGUGGCAAAAUUUCUCAGUCCAGUUAUACUGGGCAGUGACUGUUGCACAAUGCACAUAGCACUGUCUCUCUCAAUGAACUUGUACUAACGAUGCGUAGCUAAGCUCUCUCUGUACCGGAUCUCUCAUUAGUAGAACCAUUGACGAAGUGAGGAGAUUAGUACUACUGAUGUCUUGUGGUGAAGCAGUCCGGUGACUACGUGUUACUAAUUAUCCGGGAUCUUCGCUCUUUUAGUCCCAUUGAUUUUUGCUUCUCCUUCCUCUGAUAAAUACCACCCAGUAUGAGAGAUGUUCAAGUGUAUUUCUGGCUAAAGGGGAAGCUUGUUAUUGGCUUUGGGGCUUAUACAAGUGAUGAAAGUCAUUACUGGAAGGAGUGGCUGUGAACUCUUGAGUUGCCAGGACUUAAUUAGCUUUGGUUCAUACUGGAUUUUAGCCUGGAAUCCUAACUGAUUUACUCAGUUUCACGGUGAAACAAAGCAUAUGGAUUUGGAUUCCAGACUAACUGCAAAGAAAAAGCCAUAUCUCAGACUGGCCAAUAAAAAGAAAAGAUUAAGAUGGGCAGUCUGAGAUAUGGCUUUUUCUUUGCAACUCCAUUUUAUUUUUAUUUGACCUUUAUUUAACUAGGCAAGUCAGUUAAGAACAAAUUCUGAUGCUCCAGAUACUCAACUAGUCUCAAGAAGUAGCUCAGGGAUGUAGCUCAGUUGGUAGAGCAUGGCAUUUGCAACGGCAGGGUUGUGGGUUCGAUUCCAGUAUAAAAAAUAAAAAUGUAUGCACUCACUAACUGUAAGUCGCUCUGGAUAAGAGCGUCUGCUAAAUGACUAAAAUGUAAAUGUAAAGAUGGCCGGUUUUAUUGCUCCUUUAAUCAGCACACCAGUUUUCAGCUGUGCUAACAUACUUUUCUAAUGAUCAAUUAGCCUUUUAAAAUGAUAAACUUGGAUUAGCAAACACAACAUACCAUUGGAACACAGGACUGAUGGUUGCUGAUAAUGGGUAUCAGUACGCCUAUGUAGAUAAUCCAUUACAAAUCAGCCGUUUCCAGCUACAAUAGCCAUUUACAACAUGAACAAUGUCUACACUGUAUUUCUGAUCAAUUUGAUGUUAUUUUAAUGGACAAAAAAAUUGAUUUUCCUUUCGAAAACAAGGACAUUUCUAAGUGACCCCAAACUUUUGAACGGUAGUGUAUCUCUACUAAAUGUAUUUGUAAAAUAAUGGUAUUUCACUGCCUUGCUGAUAAGAACACCUUGUUUUUUACAGAUGUGUCUGAGAAGAAGAGUGACCUGAGAGUGUGUGAUGCUGCAACAUGUCGUUACGGGGGAACCUGUCGAGAGAAUGGGGCCGACCUGAAAUGUGUCUGCCAGUUCCAUGUAAAUAACACAGUGGAAUAUAGGCCAUCAUGUUCUCUGUUGUGAAAUAAGACCACCAUCACCAUUAUCAUGAGCAAGAAAGCAAGCAGGAAUGGCUUAUCCAAAUGUGGCACAACCCUUUGCCAUCCUUUAGCAUGGCAUUUGCUUAUAAAUAAUUUCUGAAGCCUAUAGGUAUUAUAAAGGGUAUAAGAACUUUUAGGUUCCUGUCCUCAGAAACGGUUAGGUCUAGGCUAUGAUGGUUCAGUAACUCUAACAUCCUACCAUUACCCAUUGUGUUCCAGUGCUCUAAGAAGUACAUCCCUGUUUGUGGGUCCAACGGAGACACCUUCCAGAACGAGUGCUUCUUGAGGAGAGCAGCGUGCAAGCAGCAGAAGUCCAUAUCACAGGUCUCUGAAGGGGCCUGCUAUACCGGUGAGUCUCAGGAUGUAGCAGACUGCACAGACCUUUGAGAUCACUUUUUUCUCACUCUAUUCUGUCCCUAGUCAUGGUCUUAUUACUCAUUUAGAUCAAGCUGAAACUAACUCAUUUUCUAUGCUCUAACACACAGAUGGCAGUUCUGGAUCAGGCGACGGAGGUAUAGUGCUGUAACUUGGUCUUGCUUCACUUUAAUAAGUUGGACUUGCCAACCCAUAUUACAAUGUUACAGAAAGAGCUUGCUAAAAAUAGCUUGCUAAAAGAAAAGCUUUGCAAAUCCAAACACUAAUGGAACAAUAUUAACUUUGUUGACAGCUAACAUUAACAGAUUUUUGAAAUACUCUCCUUUCCUACAGACGAUGAAGGAUCAGGCACAGGCAGAGGGACAAAGCCCACAAAAUGUGGCAUCUGCAAGUUUGGAGCAGAAUGUGAUGUGGACUCUGAGGAUAUCUUGUGAGUCCUCUCUUCUGGAAUUACAUUUUAGUCAUUUAGCAGACGCUCUUAUCCAGAGCGACUUACAUGAGCAAUUAGGGUGCUUUAAGUGCCUUGCUCAAGGGCACAUCGACAGAUUUUUCACCUUGUCGGCUCAGGGAUUAGAACCAGCGACCUUUCGGUUACUGGCACAACGCUCUUAACCACUAAGCUACCUGCCAACCACUGGCAUUAUACCCUUUACAGAAAAACUUAACGGUAUGUUGCCAAUAAAAUAAAUCAGGCAAUGUUUUUUAGAACCCAAUUCAUACAGGUCAAUUUAUACCACAUUCUGUCAGAGAUAAGCCUUUUAUAUCUCCCUUGCACAUGCCGGCAAGUUUAGGAGUGGGAGUAGACGUGGGCUGAUGUGGGUGGAUUUUAAUACUUCCAUUGAAAAUACACCAUCACAAAGAAAUCCAUUAUUAAUUGAUUUUAGGCAGGUCCUAACAAACAUUAUAAGACUAAUACAAUGUAUUUUUAUAAGAAUAGAAUGGCAUAUUUUGAGUUUAAUGAUGUUACUGGUCUGUGCAUCCUAUAGGCUGCAUGGCUACACCAUGCACAUGAAAUCAAUAGUUAUUUAGUUAAUUAAACAGACAAGACUUAGACUACCCUGAUCACAGUCAACACACAUAUAUUUUACAGUAGGCUAAGAAUGUAAUGAAAUCUAACAGAAUAAAAUAUGAAUAAUACUUUUCCCAACACAACUUGCGUCACGGCAGCAUGUGGAACUGCUGUCAUAUAAAAAAAGUGAUAUUUUGAAACAGAACCCAAGGCAAGCCCGUGCUUUUUUUGAUCCAUGUUUGAUAUUUUUUCCUAACCUCACUCUGCUUUGUUAGGGAGCAGGAGUAGUGUCUUACAUGGAGAGUAUUUUCAUCAUGAUACAGAUAGAAAGUAAUAUAAAUCUAUUGUAUAUUUUUAUAGUUUAUAUUUCACAAACUCUGCAGGCUUUUGGAGUUGCCUUUAGGUGAUCGAGCAAAAUAAUAGACCUACAGUUGAUUUAGGCUACGUUAUAGCAUGCUAAAUGUUUCUGAUCAGUGAUAGAUGAGCUAUACCACCUCCACUUAUUUGCUCAGCCAGAGACUGAACCAGAUAUACAGACGGAGGUAGGCCUAGGCUACUGAAGAGCAAAAUAAUCCACUUACAUUUAACAGAUGCUCUUAUCCAGAGCAACUUACAGUUAGUGAGUGCAUACAUUUUUCUUCACACUGGUCCCCUGUGGGAAUCGAACCCACAACCUUGGCGUUGCAAGCGCCAUGCUCUACCAACUGAGCUACAUGGGACACUUGUUAAGUUACAUAACAUGCUGGCAAAAUGUUCUGAUCAGUGCUAAUAAAUGAGCCAACAAGACAACAUGAUCAUGAGCAGUACUCAGCUCAACUUUAACACAAUCGUGACUAGGUCGGUUCGCAGAAAUAAAAGUUUUGGCUUUGAUACCGGCAACACCGUUCAGAUAUAAAGAAAAGGCGGGGAAAAAAUCACGGGAUGCUAAAGUUGUUGGAAAAUCAUCUUGGUUUGAAAGGUGUAUUAUUGUGCACCCAGUAGUUUCUGAAAGGAGGACUUCUUUAUUUGGGUCCCAAUGAUCUGAAUCCUUAGUCCUCCAAAUCUUCUGUUAUUUUCUCCAUAAACUGGGGUCCUGGGUUGUCAGAUUCUAAUCUUUUUUACUUCUACGGUAUCCAAUUGGUAGUUACAGUCUUGUCCCAUCCCGUACAGACUCGGAAGAGGCGAAGGUCAAGAGCCGUGCGUCCUCCGAAACACAACCCAACCCAACCCAGCUGUACUGCUUCUUGACACAAUGCCCACUUAACCCGGAAGCCAGCUGCACCAAUGUGACACACCUGUGUCAGUGUGCACUGCACCCAGCCCGCCACAGGAGUCGCUAGUGCGCAAUGGGACAAGAACAUCCUGCUGGCCAAACCCUCCCCUAACCUGGACAACGCUGGGCCAAUUGUGCGCCGCCCCAUGGGUCUCCCGGUCGCGGCUGGCUGCAACAGAGCCUGGACUCGAACCAGGAUCUCUAGUGGCACAGCUAGCACUGCGAUGCAGUGCCUUAGACCACUGCGUCACUCAGGAGGCCCUAUCACAUUCGAUUCUGUUUGAUUGAUGGUGUAUGUUUAGCGCUUUUAAUGUUCAUUAAACAGAUGUUUAUAUAAAUGUUUUCUUCGACACCCAGGUGCAUGUGCAACAUUGACUGCAGUGGCCAUAAUGACAACCCGGUGUGUGGAACAGACGGAAACUCCUACAUUACCCCCUGUCACGUAAGAGAGGCAUCGUGCUUGAAGCAGGUGAAGAUUGACGUGAAGCAUCUGGGGAGAUGUCCAGGUAAUGCCACGUGUUUAUCUUAAAAUGUAAUUUAGAAACAUGUAAUUUUAUGUCCAAUGUACUGCAUUUACACUGCACUGCAUUGUACUGUAUUAUAAUAUUGUAUUGCAUUAUAAAGAGGAUUAUUUCAGGGGGGGAAAACAUUGGAUAAUGGCUUUCGAUGGAUUUGAUUUAUUUUUCACAAUCUCAGGGAAAGAGAACAAAUCACAAUUUUAUAUUUGACAGAGAUUUUUAGUGUAGAUGAGACAAUGCUUGAAUGUUGAAUACAAUGUCCUAUAUAUCCUCCUUCCUGUUGCCAGUCCUGAUAUUCCUGAUGUGUGGUGUGUUUAUAUAAGCAUCCCUCCUACCAGUCAUGACUCUCCCCUGCAUCACUCUAUACAGGCAGUGACCUAUAUGAUGGCUAGUUAAUGUCAAACUCUGAUGCCUCUGUUGUGAACACAGGAAGGGCAAUUCAAAUAUGAUCCCACCACAAUUGGUUGAUUGAUUCUCUCUAUGACCAUGCACUAUGCUAUGCUACAGUAUAUGGUGAUGGCUAAGUAUAUUAGGUUCAUCCCUACUUACAACAACUUUAUACAAUGCUUGAGAUUCUUCUUUCUUUUUUUGUUGUUGUAAUUUUUACCCCCUUUUUCUCCCAAAUUUCGUGAUUACGAUCUUGUCUCAUCACUGCAACUCCCCAACAGGCUCGGGAGAGGCGAAGGUCGAGUCAUGCAUCCUCCAAAACAUGACCCGCCAAACCGUGCUUCUUAACACCCGCCCGCUUACCGGAAGCCAGCCGCACCAAUGUGUCGGAGGAGACACCAUUCAACUGACAACCAAAGUCAUCCUGCAGGCGCCCGGCCCGCCACAAGGAGUCACUAGAGCGCGAUGAGCCAAGUAAAGUCCCCCCGGCCAAAUCCUCCCCUAACCCGGACAAUUUUGUGCCGCCCUAUGGGACUGCCGGUCAUGACACAGCCUGGGAUCGAACCCCAAGCUGUAGUGAUGCCGCAACACUGUGAUGCAGUGCCUUAGACCUCUGCGCCACUCAGGAGGACCGAGAUUCUUCUGUCUUAUGUACACUACAAUGCGAACAUGAAGCCAAUCUUUGGGGCACAUUAUUAUAAUAUAAUAAUAUGCCAUUUAGCAGACGCUUUUAUCCAAAGCGACUUACAGUCAUGCGUGCAUACAUUUUUUUUUUUUGUGUAUGGGAGGUCCCGGGGAUCGAACCCACUACCUUGGCGUUACAAGCGCCGUGCUCUACCAGCUGAGCUACAGAGAACCACGUUAUGACCGAGGGGCAUUGGGCAACAAGCUGGUCAGAGAACUACAAAAAUGUUUCUCAAUUUUUCCAAUUUAGUUCUCUAUUUGAGUGCAAAGCCGUACCUCACCAACCCUAUUUGAAAUAUGUCCCAAAAUCUAGUUCUAAAAGCUGUAGAUCUAAAAUAUCUAUUUACAUAAAUAAUUCACUUUUUGUUUCACAGACCAUACGCUGUCCCAAAUAUUACAUUAAUCUAAACUUGCAUACCCUGCAGAGAAUGCACCACACCCUGGAAACCCAAUAACUAGUUAUGGAUGUUCCAAUAUUCCUAUAGUAUUCCUAUAAUGGGAUUUCACAUUGUAUACAGUGGCUUGCAAAAGUAUUCACCCCCCUUGGCAUUUUUCCUAUUUUGUUGCCUUACAACCUGGAAUUAAAAUGGGGGGUUUGUAUCAUUUGAUUUACACAACAUGCCUACCACUUUGAAGAUGCAAAAUAUAUUUUAUUGUGAAACAAACAAGAAAUAUGACAAAAAAACGGAAAACUUGAGCGUGCAUAACUUUUCACCCCCCCAAAGUCAAUACUUUGUAGAGCCACCUUUUGCAGCAAUUACAGCUGCAAGUCUCUUUGGGUAUGUCUCUAUAAGCUUGGCACAUCUAGCCACUGGGAUUUUUGCCCAUUCUUCAAGGCAAAACUGCUCCAGCUCCUUCAAGUUGGAUGGGUUCCGCUGGUGUACAGCAAUCUUUAAGUCAUACCACAGAUUCUCAAUUGGAUUGAGGUCUGGGAUUUGACUAGGCCAUUCCUAGACAUUUAAAUGUUUCCCCUUAAACCACUCGAGUGUUGCUUUAGCAGUAUGCUUAGGGUCAUUGUCCUGCUGGAAGGUGAACCUCCGUCCCAGUCCCAAAUCUCUGGAAGACUGAAAAAGGUUUCCCUCAAGAAUUUCCCUGUAUUUAGCACCAUCCAUCAUUCCUUCAAUUCUGACCAGUUUCCCAGUCCCUGCAGCUCCUUCAGGGUUAUCUUUGGUCUCUUUGUUGCCUCUCUGAUUAGUGCCCUCCUUGCCUGGUCUGUGAGUUUUAGUGGGCGGCCCUCUUUUGGCAGGUUUGCUGUGGGGCGGCAGGUAGCUUAGUGGUUAAGAGCGUUGUGCCAGUAACUGAAAGGUUGCUGGUUCUAAUCCCCGAGCUGACUAGGUGAAAAAUCUGUUGAUGUGCCCUUGAGCAAGGCACUUAACUCUAAUUGCUCAUGUAAGUCGCUCUGGAUAAGAGCGUCUGCUAAAUAUGUAAAAAAUAGUGCCAUGUUCUUUCCAUUUUUUAAUAAUGGAUUUAAUGGUGCUCCGUGGGAUGUUCAAAGUUUGGGAUAUUUUUUUAUAACCCAACCCUGAUCUGUACUUCUCCACAACUUUGUCCUUGACCUGUUUGGAGAGCUCCUUGGUCUUCAUGGGGCCGCUUGCUUGGUGGUGCCCCUUGCUUAGUGGUGUUGCAGACUCUGGGGCCUUUCAGAACAGGUGUAUAUAUACUGAGAUCAUGUGACACCUAGACUGCACACAGGUGGACUUUAUUUAACUAAUUAUGUGACUUCUGAAGGUAAUUGGUUGCACCAGAUCUUAUUUAGGGGCUUCAUAGCAAAGGGGGUGAAUACAUAUCCACGCACCACUUUUCCGUUAUUUAUUUUUUAGAAGUUUUUGAAACAAGUUAUUUUUUUCAUUUCACUUCACCAAUUUUGACUAUUUUGAAAUUUUGACUACAUGAAAUCCAAAUAGAAAUCCAUUUAAAUUACAGGUUGUAAUGCAACAAAAUUGGAAAAAACGCCAAGGCACUGUAAAGGGCCUUAUUGCAAUACUGGGCAAUGUUUGUUUUGCACUCACAAAUAUGUGUCUUGUUUUCAGAAAAAGGACAGAAAAAAGACAAAGACGAUGGUAGCAAAAGCAAGACUGAUCUUUUUGGUAAGGUUGUUCCCAUUUACUACACUCUGUUAUGAUGUUUUUAUGGUAGUUGAUUUAUCUAUUUAUUUAUUAUUUAUUUAUUUAUUUAUGGUUCAUGUUGUCUAUAUGGAAAUAGUGCUGCUAUGCUGUUACAUCACUACAAAUUAUAUUUCUGCUCGACGAUAAAUGUAAGUUAUAUUUGAUUUGCAAAUGAGGACAAGGCCUACCUCGCUCAUUAAUAUUUAUAUAAUCAAUAUCAAUGACCGCGAUUUUCUUUAUACCUUUAAAGACACAGCAGACAUAGGGGAGGAUAGAGCUUAUGGAGGGAUCACCACCCCUUGCACAGAGGACUACGCCAACUUCUGUGAACACGGCCAAUGUGAAAUCAAGUAUAGCAUCCCCACCUGCCGGUAAGAUCAUGUGGUGUCCUUUUUUUGUUGUUUUUUUACCUGCAUAUCGUCGCUGUCGGAUGAAAACCUCAUAACUUCAGAAUCUUUGCAAAUGUAAACAUUUAUUCAAAAUAGUGUCUGAAGUUAAUGGGAAAAUAUGACAGUUUCUUUCUGUUUCAUCCGACAGCAACGAGAUGCUGUGUGUCUUAUUUUCUUAAUUCAUAGGUAAUUACUGUGUGUGUCAUUUCUUAGUGAACACCUGGUCAUUUCUGUAUUAUGAAAUUAAGUGCUACCUGUUUGGUUGACUUCCCAGGUGUGAUUCAGGCUACACUGGCCAGCAGUGUGAGGAGAUCCAAGACUUUAACAUCCUGUACGUGGUUCCCAGUGGACAGAAACUCCACUACGUUCUCAUAGCAGCCAUCAUCGGAGCCGUACAGAUCGCCAUCAUCGUCGCCGUUGUCAUGUGUUUCACAAGGUGGGUGUGCUCUCCAAAGUGACCAAUUUGAUCUUAUUAGCACAUUUCUGAUAUGCAGAUUACAUUUUUCUGUCUUUUAUAAGCCUAUGUAAUUUUUGUAAACAACAUACAAUUAGCAAGUCUUAUGGAAGAUGCUAUGCUAUGCCAAAUGAAAAAAAAAUUGUAUGCAAACAUACUAUGCUAAUUUUGUAAUUUAUUUCAUAUUUCUUUAAGCUAAGUUCUAAAGUUCAGAAUAAUGUACUUUGAGGGGCAGCCAAAUGUGAGUUUGUUUUUAUUCAUUUUCUAUUUUUAAAUAGGAGGUGUCCCAAAAACCAGAGGGGACGAAGAUAAAUGGAACAUCUUGGACAUUUUCCCUCUGGGACAUCAUCCAGGAUGAUGUAGUUGUUUUUUAACUUUUUAUUUUAUUUUAAUGCAUUUUGGAUUGCACCACAUGGAUCGCAUUUUGAUAUCUGUUGUUUUGUGCCUCCUUUAUUUUGAAUGGAUGUAUAUUUAUGUUUUAUAAUGGGGCCUUAUUUAUCUCUCCCCUAUGGACAUAUGCUGCUCUUGCUGCUUUUUUCCAGACUGCUGCAUUAUGAAUAUUUUUCCGACAGGCAGAAAAAGGACAGGAUUUUAACCUGAUCCUCCAUUGUUUGCAAGGUGUUGGUAGCUUUAGACAUGCACACCUGGGACACUUAGUUUCAGCUUCACUGACUUUUCUUUCAGUACAUUUUACUUUUUUUACUUUUCUUUUUUUUUUUAAUUCAACUCUAUACCAAAUGCAGUUUUCUAUAAAUGAGGUAUAAGCUGAUGUGUACAGUUUGUUUUGGUUACUUUUCAAUAUACCGUUCCGGGGAUGGAACACUUUUUUAGACUAGGUACUAAUUUAAAUGUUUUUAUACAUCAUUUGUCGUUUUUGAUGUUCUGAUGUUGUUUGUGUUAUUGGUAAUGAAAUAGUUGUAAACAGAUUUGAUUGUAGAUCCUGCAUAUUGCAUGAGCUGUGAAAAUGUGUUUAGUGAUGUAGUUUCAGUAGUAUUAAAAUAUCUGUGUUCCAAAUGCUCAUGUUGCCUUCAUAUGAGGAGGCCUCCUGUAGCUCAGUUGGUAGAGC